UGUGACUCUUCUUCUAGAAGCAUGCGCAUGGGAUUACUGCGCUUGUACCACCAGCUUAAGCCCUGAGGAAUGCGCUUGCAGUACAGUCUCCGUGUACGCUAAGGAAUGUCUUCGUCACGGAGUGGAGGAGAUGAAGGACUGGCGUGAUGCUGAGACUUGUCCAAUGAAGUGCCCAGAAGGUAAGAUCUACAAGGCAUGCGGUCCGGACUCGCAGCCCAGCUGUGCGUUCCCUCUGAUGUCCGCGCAGACUACCAACUCCUCCUGCGUGGAGGGCUGCUUCUGUCCUGAAGGACUACUCCUCGAGGGGGGCAAGUGUGUGCCCAAGACCGAGUGCCCUUGCAGACUGAGGAACAAGAGCUUUAAGCCUGGAUCUACUAUUAAGAAGGAUUGUAAUACUUGCACGUGCGAGGGGGGAGCGUGGACGUGCACGCAGAUAGCGUGCGGCGCGCGUUGCGGCGCGAUGGGGGACCCGCACUACUACACGUUCGACGGCCUGCGGUACGACUUCAUGGGCCGCUGCACCUACACCAUGCUGCAAACUGAUAACGUCACUGUCGAGGUCGAGAACGUCGCCUGUUCAGGGGCUAUCACUGAGGCAAUGAAUCUAAGUCCCUACAAAGGAGAAGGGAAACCAUCUUGUACAAAGGCAGUGAAUAUUAUCUACGAUGGCGCUAGUGUGCACAUGAAGCAAGGAGGGUUUGUACUGGUCAACGGCAAGGAGGUCUCAACGUUACCUGUCAUGGCGGGCGAUAUCAGAAUUCGAGCUGCUUCUUCUAUGUUCAUAAUUGUGCAACUCCCCAACAAAGUGGACUUGUGGUGGGAUGGCAACACUCGUGUUUUUAUCGACGUGCCUGCUGAGUUCCAAGGAAAGACCAAAGGUCUAUGCGGAACCUUCAACUUGAACCAAAAAGAUGACUUCUUGACCCCUGAGAAUGAUAUUGAGCAGUCGGCCCUAGCGUUUGCCAACAAGUGGAAGACCAGGGAGAUGUGCACAGACAUUGACACUAAAGAACCGGAGCAUCCAUGCAAGGCCAACAUUGAGAACAAGGCCGUAGCUGAGAAGUACUGCAGCAAGCUGAAGAGUAAAGUCUUUGAAGCUUGCCACUGGUACGUGGACGUGGAGGCGUAUUACGAGGCGUGCGUGUACGACAUGUGCGCAUGCGCCGGCGACGUGAGCCGCUGCCUGUGCCCCGUGCUCGGCGACUACGCCAUGGCGUGCGCCAAAGCCGGCGUGCUCAUACAGUGGCGGUACAACGUGCACGAGUGCGAGCUACAGUGCAGCGGGGGCCAGCAGUACACUGUAUGCGCGGACAGCUGUCUGCGCAAGUGCAGCGACAUGGCGCUCGCCGCCAGCGGCGACUGCCGCCCUUGCUGCGUCGAGGGAUGCGCUUGCCCGCCUGGACAGCUGCUUGAUGACAACAACGUUUGCGUUCCGACCGGCCUGUGUCCCUGCUACCACAAGGGGUUGCAGUUCAACGCUGGGUACAAAGAAGUUAGGGCCGGCAGGAGAGAGAGAGAGCUCUGUACAUGCGUGGGAGCUCGCUGGGACUGUAAGCCGGCGACCCCAAUGGACAUCCAGAACUACCCGCCGGCUGAAGACCUGCGCUCCAACUGCAGCGCCACCAACAACAUGGAGUUCACCACCUGCGAGAUUGCUGAGCCACUUACUUGCAAGAACAUGCAUCUUCCGCCAACGUCGACGGCAGCUGAAUGCCGUCCAGGCUGUCAAUGCAAGAAAGGCUUCGUUCUGGACACCAUGUCCAAGAAGUGUGUGGCUCCGACCGAGUGCCCCUGUCACCACGGCGGCAGGAGCUACCCUGAUGGCCAUACCAUGCAGGAAGAGUGUAAUAAAUGUGAAUGUAAAAGCGGCAAGUGGUCGUGUACGCAGCGUAAAUGCGCCGGCAUUUGUUCAGCAUGGGGCGACUCACACGUGGUCACCUUUGACGGCACUGACUAUGACUUCGAGGGCGUCUGUACUUAUCUUCUGGCUAAAGGAGUUAUGGACAGCAAGGAUGGUUUCGAUGUGGAGAUCCAGAACGUACCAUGCGGCACAACUGGUGCUACCUGCUCCAAAUCAGUCACCCUGAAGGUCGGCAGUGGAAAUGAUGAGGAAAUCGUCUCUCUCACCAAGGAUUCUCCGCUCCCAGAUAUAUCUAAACUAAAGAGAAUAAAGAUGCGUCUGGCUGGAGCCUACGUGUUCCUGGAUGUGCCAACCCUGGGCAUGAGCCUGCAAUGGGACCGUGGCAUGAGGGUCUACGUCAAGAUUGAGUCCAUGUGGCAAGGAAGGGUGAAAGGUCUGUGCGGUAACUACAACGGAGACAUGCGCGACGACUUCCAGACUCCCUCAGGAGGUGGUAUGGCGGAGUCAUCUGCCCUCAUCUUUGCCGACUCCUGGAAACUCAAGCCGACAUGUCCGAAACCACAACGUUUAUUGGAUCACUGCAAGCAACGUCCCGAGCGGAAAGAAUGGGCGUCGUCAGUAUGCAGCAAGAUGAAGCAGUUCCCGUUCACGCUGUGCCACGCGGAGGUGGCGCCGUCUGCGUACAUUGAGCGCUGCGCGCGCGACGCCUGCGCCUGCGACGCGGGCGACGACUGUCAGUGCGCCUGCACCGCGCUCGCCGCAUACGCGUACGCCUGCGCCGCCAGGGGCGUCUCCUUCAACUGGAGGACGCAGGAAACUUGCCCAAUGCAAUGUGACGAGGAAUGCUCGAAUUAUGACGCGUGCCUCCCGGCGUGCCCGUUGGAGACAUGCGACAACACCCUGUACUAUGCUGACAUGAAGACCAGCUGCGAACAGGAGACUUGUAUUGAAGGCUGCAAACCGAAGAAGUCAUGUCCAGAAGGUCAAGUUUACAAGAACAGUACUCACAAGGAGUGCGUACCGCGCGCCAAGUGUAAGCCAGUGUGCAUGGUACUGGAGGACGGCCGAGAGGUCGCGGAGGGAGAAGUCAUCGAGGAGGACGCCUGUCAUACCUGCCGGUGUUCAAAGAAACAGAAGAUCUGUACUGGACAACCUUGUAGCACUACUGUUGAAACUCCACGCCAAGAUACUACACCGAAACCCCACGAUGAGCCGCUGAAGUGUGUGACCGGCUGGACCAACUGGAUCAACAGAGGGGAGCCGGAGAUCGGUCCACAUGGAGAGUCCAUCGACAACGAACCACUGCCACGACCUAAUGAACUGACAAUCGGCACUCCAAUGUGUAAAGAACAAAUGAUGAAGAAGAUAGAAUGUCGCACGGUGGGAGACCACAAGAGUCCGAAGGAGACCGGCCUGGACGUGGAGUGCAGCCUAGAGCGAGGACUGUACUGCAAGGAGGUAGCUGGCAACAAGUGCCUGGACUUCGAGAUCAGGGUCUACUGCGAGUGUGAGGAACCAUCUCUAUGCGAGAACUCGGUCCGUCCCAACGAGCCUCACCCGUCGGACUGCACGAAGUUCUACGAGUGUGCGCCGGACGGUCCCGUGCUGAAGUCGUGCGGUCCCGGGACCAUGUACAACAAUGUCACCAUGAUCUGCGACUGGCCCGACAGCGUGGCCCUCGUCAGGCCCGACUGUGGCGGUACCACUCCCGGUGCUGUCUCCACUACAACAACUCUUGCAUCAACAUCAACAACAACAGUAGCACCGCAGUCGACGCUGUCGACAGUGGCGCCGUGCCCGGCCGGGCAGGAAUACUCGUCCUGCGCGUACCGCUGCGACAGACUCUGCGACUACUUCCGCAGAGUUCUCGUACAAAAAGGACGAUGUGUUGGAGAGGUCUGCGUAGAAGGUUGCGUCAGUAAGAAGUGCCCGCCUGACUCCUACUGGAGAGACGAGAAGACCUGCGUGCCACGCAAGGAUUGCACCUGUUUCGCCGACAAUAAGAUCAUUAAGCCGGGUGGCGUAGUGGCAGACGGAUGCAUCAAAUGCCAAUGCCUAAACAACGAGAUGCACUGCGACUCCAGCGAAUGCGUCAUCGUAAGCACACAAGUACAAGGCUCCACGCACGAACCGAUCAUCGAACCCCACAUAGUGCCUUCGACUACUACGACCAGCACAACUACGACUACUGCGAAACCGACUACUGUUGAAAAAGUGACAUCGCCGCCUCCUGAAUGCUCGAAAGAAAACUUAAUGGACCUCUUGUGGGGAGACCAGCCCCUCCCUGACUCCGCAUUUAGCGCCAGCUCCGUCGCCAGCGGACUGUUUGAACCGCAGUAUGCCAAGCUCAACGGACACCCACUUGAUGUCACUGCUGGUAGUUGGAAUCCAGCAACUCAAGACCAGAAACAGUACAUCCAAGUGGAAUUGCCUCGUCGGGAACCGAUCUUCGGAGUGAAGAUGCAGGGCAGCCCUCUCUUCGACCAGUACGUCACCAGCUACGAAGUCUUGUACGGUGACAGUAAUGAUUCACUGGAAGUCAUCAAAGGACCUGACGGGAAACCGAAGGUAUUCAAAGGACCUUCAGACAGCCGUACUCCAGAGUCACAAUGGCUGGAACCGCCAGUCGAAGCAAAGGUCAUUCGCAUACACCCUCUCACAUGGCACGAAGAGAUAUCUAUACGGUUCGAACUAGUCGGAUGUAGUGAAGCAACGACUACCGCCUUUGCCUCUACGGGUACUACGCCGACUCUCCCGACUUCACCAACUGUUCCGACUACGAAGACUACGCCGACUAUUCCAACUACGCCGACUACGCCAAGUCCUUCUACGAAGACGACAAUAGCUGCUCCUUUGAUUAUCCCGAGCACCGUGUCACCGCCGCCUCUAUGUAACUCGAAUAGCUACUUGGACCUGAUGUGGGGCGACCAGCCCCUCCCUGACUCCGCAUUCAGCGCCAGCUCCGUCGCCAGCGGACUGUUUGAACCGCAGUAUGCCAAGCUCAACGGACACCCACUUGAUGUCACUGCUGGUAGUUGGAAUCCGGCUAUCCAGGACACCAACCAGUACAUCCAAGUGGAGUUCCCUCGUCGGGAGCCGGUAUACGGCGUGAAGAUGCAGGGCAGCCCACUCUUCGACCAGUACGUCACUAGCUACAAGGUCCUGUACAGCGAUGAUGGAGUCUCCUUCUCCACUGUCAACGGACCUGAUGGAAAGCCGAAGGUGUUCCGAGGUCCAGUAGAGCACAACGCAGUAUCGCAACAAAUGCUGGAGCCUCCCGUCGAGGCCAAGGUGUACCGCAUCCAGCCUCUAACGUGGCACGAGGAGAUCUCGAUCAGGUUCGAGCUCAUCGGCUGCAAGGAACCGUCCAACUCCAUGGAGACCACUCUCACUACUAUCGUUCCUCGAGCUCCAGAAUGCUUAGAACCACUAGGUCUUGGCGCUGAUCUUCCUCUGGAGAGCAUAGAAGUAAGCUCAAACAACGACGCGCGGCAGUACUUCAAGCUGGACGGAGACAGGGGCUGGAGGCCGCUAUACAGUACACCUGGAGAAUGGAUCAUGUUCAACUUCACAUCACCGCGUAAUAUAACGGGUAUCAAGACGAAGGGUGGUCCAAUGGGAUGGGUCUCCACCUACAAGAUCAUGUACACUUCAGACCUAUCCACCUUUAAUCCUGUAGUGGACGAUAAGGGGGACAAAGUAUUCCCAGGCAACUUCGACAGGGAUACUGAACAAUUUGAAGAGUUCUACCCGCCCAUACAUGCGCAGUACUUGAAGGUGUUGCCUUUAACUUGGAAGGAUAAUAUCGAGAUGAGGAUCGAGCCUAUCGGAUGCUUUGAGCCUUACCCUGUAACAGAGAAGCUUCCAGAAGUAACGACCUCUCGCUACCGGGAGCCGCCACUCGAGCCGACGGAUUGCGAGCUCUGUCCAGGAGUGCAGAAGCUGGAGGAGGCUAACAGCUGUGACUGCAAGCCUCCCUCCAAGUACUACGACGGAGAGAACUGCGUGACCAGGGACCAGUGUCCUUGCGUCGAGUCGUUCAUGACGUACCCAGUAGGCUCCACGUUCCGCGGCGCGAACUGUGAUGAGUGCGUGUGUAAGCUGGGCGGUAUAACCCACUGCCAGCCCGUCAAGGAGUGCGAGUGUUCACCUGAUCUAGUACCAAAAUUGUCACCAUCGACAUGUGAAUGCACAUGCGAACCAUGCCCACCAGGAACAAAGAUCUGCCCAACCAGCAAACUUUGCUUACCGCUGGAUAAAUGGUGCGAUGGUCUCCAAGACUGCCCUGAUGAUGAGAAGGAUUGUACGACGACCACCCCCAGCACUCCAAAGACAACGGUGGUGGAAAAUGUGGUGGUCACCACUCAGUCCCCUGCCACCGUCGCCGCCGCCGUCACUACUGCUAAACCUCUGGAAUGCCCGAAGGUGGAAUGUCCCCCAGGCUACACCGUGGUUUACACCUCAACGGAUACAAGUUCCCCUCGAUCCACGUAUGGCUCAGCUUCUGAACUCCCUCCCCCAAGACCUAGAUACUCGUACCAGAGGUACCAGAGGGGUUACUCCAAAGGCGGGUACUCUAAAGGCGGGUAUUCUAAAGGCGGGUAUUCUAAAGGCGGGUAUUCUAAAGGCGGAUACUCCAAAGGUGGAUAUGGACUGCCAGCACCACGUCCGAACCAAGCGUUCUCCUUGGACAAGCCAGACGUAACCUCAGCUACCAAGACACCGGCCCCCAAGCAAGAGUGUGCGCAAUUCAAGUGCAUCCCCAAACUCCCCCCCUACCGCCCCGGGGGAGGAGUUACCCCACCCCCCGUCUGCUCCGUCGUCAACUGUCCCCCUGGCUACUCCCUGAGACUAGAAAGAACUGCUUCAGGAUCCAACAAAUGUCCUCAGUAUGAAUGCGUGCCUCCACCGGAACGUCCCGUGUACUGUAACGUUACGGGCCGUACGUUCAACACGUUCGAUGGCGUCGAGUACAAGUAUGACGCGUGCUUCCAUAUCCUGGCCCGCGAGAACAGAUUCGAUGCUUGGACUAUACUCAUCCGCAAGAAAUGCCGCCUGGACGGAUGUCAAAACGAACUCCUCAUCCUCCAAGAUGACCAGUUGAUCCUAGUCAAGCCAAACAUGAUGAUAGAGUAUGACAACUACGAGUACACGGUGGAGCAGACCAGCAAGAUCUGCUUCCAGAAGAACAGCUUCAACGUAGACCGGUUGGGCAACGGUAUUGCCAUUAAGUCCAGGAAGUACAACUUCACCGUUCUUUAUACUUCUGAAGGAGAUAUUAAGAUUGGGGUGUUCAAAAGCUAUAUGGGCGCAGUGGAUGGUCUUUGUGGAGCCUUCGACGGUGUACCAAACAACGAUAGACGUCUACCUGACGGUAGACUGGCCACCAGUAUCGAUGAGUUUGGUCGUGCUUGGGCUAAACCUGGUCUGCCUCCCAACGCCUGCCAGACCAAGAUCAUUUCUGAUGAGAAGCAGAGGAAGGCCUGGGCAUUAUGUGAUGUUAUAACCAAAGAGCCACUGUCUCAAUGUGGACACGUGCUGAACCUGCACAAAUGGCGCAACAUCUGCCUCGAGAAGAUCUGUGAGUGCUCCGAGCUUGUCGUCAACGGCACUCACAGAACUGAGGAGGAGUGUCGCUGUCUCUUGCUCGACCAGCUCGUCGCUGAGUGCCUCGCUGCCGACAAGAACGUGGACCUCGCCAACUGGAGGAUGAUUAUGGAUUGCCCGGCGGAAUGCCCCCCUCCCCUAGUCCACUACGACUGCUACCGCAAGCAGUGCGAGCCGACAUGCUCGGGCUUCGGUUUGGCGCGCUCCUGCCCUACGGAGGAGGGCCAGUGCUUCCCCGGCUGCUACUGCCCCGAGGGCAAGCUCAGGAUGGGUGACCAAUGUAUACCACCCACUGACUGUCUUGACUGCGCCUGCAACGGAGUAGGAACACCAGCAAAAUACGUGACCUUCGAAGGAGACGACCUUCCAUUCCUCGGGAACUGCACGUACCUUGCGUCGAGGGACAGGAACGAGACAGGACAGCACAAGUACGAGGUCUACUCCACCAAUGGACCUUGUGAUGACAACGGUGACGUUGUUUGUACCAAGGUCGUUCACCUCGUGUAUGAGAAGAAGGUCAUCCAUGUCAGCAAGAAUGAUGAUACGAAGAAGUUGCUAACAACGAUAGGUGAUGAAGCUUUAUUCAAGUAUCCUGUGAAGAAGGACUGGGUGGUCAUCAGCCAGGACAAUGGGCAGGAUGUCACCAUACUGCUGCCUGACAUACACGUCGAGCUUACAGUUCUGCAAGCUAAGAUGGAGUUCAGAGUGCGCGUGCCCUCGUACCUGUACGCCAACAAGACGGAGGGACUCUGCGGCGUCUGCGCAGGGUACCAAGAAGUACUGGUCACCAGUAAUGGCACGGAGACUGAUGAUUUCGAUGAGUACGGCAAGAGUUGGCAAGCGUCUCCGUCAACCCUGAAGACGCUGGACAUAUCGGAGCAGGGCCAGUGCGAGGAGCCUCCCCCAACUCCCGAGUGCGUGCCCCCUCCCCCUGAUUCUAACCCCUGCUACAACCUGUACAACGCUGACCGAUUUGGAGCUUGCCACGCCCUGGUAGAGCCCCAAGCGUUCGUGGAGGCGUGCGAGGCGGACCUUUGUGCUAACGCGACGGACUUCUGCGGCACCGCCGAGCGAUAUGUCGCCGAGUGUCGCCGCCAGGGGGUGUGUCUACCGCACUGGAGGACUGAUCUCUGUGUCUAUCCAUGCGAGGAACCACUUGUAUACCGCGCCUGUGUCAAGUGCGAGAUGACGUGUGAGAACAGUGACGAGCUCACUAAGAACCCUGACAAAUGCGAUAAGCCAGCUGUUGAAGGAUGCUUCUGUCCUGAAGGAAAGGUGCGAGUGAACAACACGUGCAUCGAACCGACGAAGUGCUUCCCUUGCGAUGCCAACAAGGAACAUUAUGCUGGCGACGAGUGGCAGGAGGACGCGUGCACGAAAUGUUCGUGCAGUAAGGUGACAGGCGAGAACAUGGCACAUGUAGCCUGCACAAAGCAGACUUGCACGGCACCGCUGUGUUCCGACACGGAGGACCUCAUCACCACGCCGGCCAAACCUGGACUCUGCUGCGAUGACUAUCUCUGUGUACCGAAACCAAAGAAGAACUGCACAGAAGCUAAGAAGAUGGACUGCGGGUACGGACAAGUACUGAAACAGAAGACUACGGCUGAUGGAUGCAUCGAGUUCGCUUGUGAAUGCAUGCCAGCUAACCAAUGCGAGUCUUUGAACGAGAAAGACGUGGAGGUGUUCGAGCCGGGAAUGGAGCGCGUCGUGGACAACAGUGGGUGCUGCCCCCGCGUGCACUACCUGUGCAACGUGGACACAUGUCCUCGCUCCCCCGCCUGCCCACAGUUCCACGACCUGAAGAUCUAUAAUACUUCUGGCAAGUGCUGCCCGGAGUACAAGUGUGAAUUGCCCAAGGACAAGUGUAUGGUGACUCUGGAAUGGGAGGCCGCGUCGACGGGGGGAGAGAAACCACGCGCUACUCCACAGAUUAUCUUCAAAGAUGUGGACGCAGUAUGGCUAGACGGGCCGUGUCGGUCGUGUAGAUGCGAGUCGUCCCCCAUGGGGGCGGCGCCGCGCUGCGUGGUGGCGGAGUGCGGCGUGCUGGCCAGCACCGAGCUCUACGUGGUGGAGCCGCGCCCCGCGCCCUUCCAGUGCUGCCCCCGCCCCGUGCACGUCGCCUGCAGGGACGGGGACAACAUCUACAAGGUCGGAGAAAACUGGACGUCACCGACGAACCCCUGCGAGAGCUACAAGUGUGAGCAGACGGCGUCGGAAGACAAGCUGGAGAAGGUCACCACCAUACAGCAGUGUCACACUGAAUGCCAACCCGGUUGGAAGUACUUCCCAGCGAGUCCAGAGAGUAAAGAAUGCUGCGGCAAGUGCGAGCCGGUUGCCUGCGUCGUGGACGGGAAGGAACGACCCAUCGGGGAGAGGUGGACCUCCAGCGACUUCUGUGCCAACUAUACUUGUGUCAACGUUAAUGGAACGCUCCAAGUGCAAUGUUCAAACGAGACGUGCCCUGAAGUGUCGGAGGCGACGAGGAAGCAGUUCGUGUUGAGCAAUGAGAAGGUGGAUGGCAAGUGCUGCCCCAGGGAGGAACCCAUUGCCUGCCGCGUCGGUAACCUCAUCUACCAGGAGGGUCAAACCUGGCCAUCACCAACAGACCCCUGCAAGAACAUAACCUGUGCGCGAGACUUCAACGGCCAGUUGACCCACAAGGAGAGCGUGGCGACGUGCUCCCUGCAGUGCAACAAGGGCUGGACCUACGUGGCGCCCCCUGCUGGGGUCUGUUGCGGACAUUGCGUGCAGACUGCCUGUGUAGUCGACGAUAAAGUUGUUGCACCAGGUACAACCUGGCAGUCGGCGGACAACUGCACGACGUACUCGUGCGAGGUGUCCGGCGCGGAGGUGUUGGUGUCGGCCUCCAGCCAGCUCUGCCCCGACGUGUCGCACUGCGCGCCCGACAACCUCCUCAACGGUACUUGCUGCCAGAUCUGUGAGGAGCGUCCUGAAGCACUCAGCAAAUGCGUACCAACGAGCUUAUCUCCGUCUGAGACAGUGGGUCUAUUCCGCAUCCACCUGGGCCCGCACGGACUCUGCGUCAACAAGCUGCCGCUGCGAGGGUUCCAGGAGUGCCGCGGCACUUGUGACUCUGGCACUCUUUAUAAUAACCAAACGGGUGUCCACGACUCUCGCUGUGAGUGUUGCCAGGCUACGAAAUACGGGUCACUGGACGUGACGCUGAGCUGUGAGGACGGCUCGCUACAGAAGCACCGCGUGGCCACGCCCAGCACCUGCGCCUGCGCAGCCUGCGGGGGACCUCAACGACCGCUGUGGCCUACUAAAUCAGGGUACGACGGAGUUAAAUCCCCGCCGCGCCAUCCGCCUCCCGUCGAAGAAGAUAUCAUACCAGAAAUAUACCAAAGAUUCGGAACAACACGCCCCCAACGAUAAAUCAACGCCUUAACACAACGUCAUAAGAUUCAAAAUCGUAUGCACGUUCACCAAAAUGCUUUAUAGACAAAAAUAGUCUGUAAUUCAAUGCCUUAAAGUACAAAGUACACAAUUUGCUAUAGUCUAUUCUAUUUUGUGAUGUUUACUUGAAAUAUAUAUGUAUUAUAUUCCUGUAAAUAUUAAUAUACAUGGCA